GUAGUCGUGUCGUAUAUUUGAAAUUUGGUUUCUUAUUUAAACCAACAAUGAACUUCGUUUACUAAUAUCACUCGCUCAUCAGAUAGAAUUGAAAUAUACGAGUAGGUGGUCGUCAUUACGAUACAAUGUCGUCUACGUUUACCGGAUUCAGUGAAGAAGAUUUGAAGCGGAUCAAAUCCGUGGAGACAGGUUCAGACAUUGAAUCUAAUGUCACAACUAACAUCAAAAAGGCCCAAAUUGGUGUAACGCAGAAAAGGGUAACUAAUCAAUACAAAUCGCCUCUACAAAAACAGAGUUCAGAUGAAGCAAUAGAUAUAAUGUUUGAUAAAUGCCGGCUCAGUUUAAAAAACAAACCAAUCACAGAGUAUAACAAUAAUGAUGCAAGCGAUUUAGACAAUAUCAGCACAAGUACCAUUGAUUUGAACAAUGAGGAUGAUGUGUCCGGCGGAGAAGCGAAUGACAAAGACGAAAAAGAUUCUAAAACUAAUGAGAUGGAAAACCAUUUGGAUAGUAGGAAAACCAGUACAGGUGUUACUCCAGAUUUGGUGAGGAGUGUAGAUAAUUAUACGGAAGAUGACCCGGCGGCUCACAGUGUGAAGUUGGAGGAAUUGCAGCUGAAACAGAAGAUUAUGGAGGAGCAGAAUAAGAAGCGGAAAGAAAUGCUGGCAAAGGCUUUAGCUGACAGCAAGCCAAAUCGGACAGUGACCAAACAAACAGCAGAAGAAGUAGUAAGACUGGAAAAGAUAAAGAAGGAACUGCAAGUGCUAGACGGGCAGUUUUCACAGGAUGUGGCAGUGCUAAGAAAGAAGAUAGAUCAGGCGUGCCUGAGUUAUGCAGACGCAGAAAAACACUACCUAAAAAUAGAAAAAGAGUUCCUCCAGGCGAAAAUAAAUCUACAAAAGGAAAAAGAGAAAAAGGAGUUACUGACGGAGCACCUCUGUGCCCUCAUCACCCACAACGAAACCAGGAAGGCUCAGAAACUCGAGACUUUAAUGCUGGAGCUUGCCAGUGACCGGAAAGGGUCCGUGAGUGACCGGAAGGAGUCUGUGUGUGAUCUGAAUCUGUCACAACAGACACCGGAGGAUGAUGACAGUGAGAUUGUGGAUGGUGUGUGUGAGAAAACUGGGAAGAUGGUAGAACUUUGAGACAACGAAUUUAAAAAGUUAAGUCCACAUUUAUGUAGUUGCAUGAGACGAGAUAGUUUUUACGUUAUUUUAUAGGCUCAAGUAUUAUUGCAUUUAAAUUUAAUUAACAUUACUCAAAGUGGUGCCUUAAUACAAAUUAAAAAACAAAUUGGUCAGUACUCAGUGUACACUAAAAUAUUCACUUUAAGUGAUAAUAUAUAUAAUUUUUAUUUAAGUGAAGCUUUGUUA